AUGGGCUCGAUCAGCAAUAUCAGCACGUCUUCUUUCGAAAGGGGUCACUAUGAGUGGACGUCGCUCUGUGAUAACCGAGUCCUCUAUGCCACUAUAACCCUGGUUGCCCCAGGUGUGAUCUGCCUUCUGUGGUUUUUUGUGUCGUACCAUAUAUCUCCUCUUAAGAAGUACGCAGGUCCUUUCCUCGCAGGAUGGACUAACCUCUGGCGAUUGUCGCAAGUCAUCUCUGGAGACUACGCGCCGCGCAUCAAAAGACUCCACGACAAAUAUGGCCCCAUCGUCCGGCUGGGUCCAAACCUUUUAGACCUAGAUUUCCCUGAGCUUUCUAGAGUCAUUUACAGCACCGACGGCAAGUGGAAGAAGACCGACUUUUAUAAGAACAGCAGCUCUAUCGUGAAUGGAAGAAUUACCUACCACAUGUUUAGUGAGACGGGCAAUGUCGAACAUGCCCGGCUGAAGCGCCCUGUUGUGCGGCACUACACUGUCCCGAGUGUGAGGGCAAUGGAGCCGCACAUGGACAAGGUCAUUCAAGACUUUUGCGACCAUCUCCAGCAGCGUUUCGUUGAACCCAGAAAAAUCUGCGAUUUUGGCAACUGGCUCGCUUAUUAUGCCUGGGAUUUUCUUGGCGCCGUAACUUUCAGCAAGAAGUUCGGAUACAUGAAAGAGGGCCAUGACUUUGAUGGUACUCUUGCGAUUGCCGAUAAGUCGAUUGACUACCUUGGCCUAUGUGGGCAGAUGCCCUGGCUAGACUACUGGCUUGAUAAAAAUCCCAUCUACCCUCUCGGUCCCCCGAAUAUCUCGAACGUCACCCGCAUCGCCAUCGAGAAUAUGACAGCUCGUUUGAAGGGUGACGACAAGGAUUUUGAACAUAAAAAGCCUGACUUUCUUCAAUAUUUUAUUGAGUCUAAGGAGACACAUCCUGAAAUUGUAGAUGAAGCCACCAUUGUGGGCUAUCUUCUCCUGAACCUUAUUGCCGGCGCUGAUACAACCGCAAUUACUAUGCGGGCCCUUUUUUACCACUGCUUGAAAAACAAGCGCAUCUGGACCAAACUCCAGACUGAAGUGCGUGCCAAUCUCGCAGCAGGCAUAUCAGCACCAUACGCAACAACCCGCAUCCUCCCAUACCUCGAAGCGGUCGUCAAUGAAACACUGCGCUACCAUCCUGCUGUGUCCAUGACAAUGGAGCGCAUCGUGCCACCAGGUGGCUUAACCCUACCAGACGGCUCAGUUGUCCCGGCGGGUUCCUUUGUCGGCAUGAAUCCAUACAUCGUGGGACGCAAUAAAGGCAUAUUUGGCUCCGAUGCCGAUGAGUUCGUACCUGAUCGCUGGCUCCAGAUGGAUAGCGAGAGCGACGACGAGUACAAAGAGCGGAUGCAGCGCUGGGGCACAGCCAAUUUGACCUUUGGUGGCGGGUCGCGGAUCUGCUUAGGGCGAAACCUGAGCAUGAUGGAGGUGUAUAAAGUUGUGCCUACGCUAAUUGCCACGUUUGACAUUGAGCUGGCUGAUCCAGAUGAAGAGUGGUGGACGAGUUCCCGAUGGUUCUAUCGUACAAGGGGCGUAGUCUGCAAGCUCAGCCCUCGAAGCGUAGAGUAG